GUAAAAAAAAACAACAAAACGGAACUGAUGCUACGCGGAUCAUGAAAAAAAAAUGCGAAAAUUAUAAAUAAAACGAUACAUAAUUAAUAUACUGCAAACAAAAGUGACAGUGUACUUAUAGUAUAUAGUAGAUUAGUGCUCAAACCAAAAACUGUGUGAAAUAUCGAGUGCAAGUAACAAAAAUAAGAUACAAAGGAUUCGCCUUGAGUCCUCUCAAAUGUAACCUAACGAAACAUAAUGUGAAAUGAGCAAUACUAAUUUUUGUUUUCAUAUGUAUAAUUAAUAUUUAUAUAAUUUGGUACGAACUGUAUAAAAUUGCAAGUUUUGUGUAUAAUUCAAAAUAUAGUUCAACAAAAAUAUUAGUUCAAUUUAAUAUAGGAUGCUGCCCAGUCUGGAUACCCUGAUGCGUUGCUCGAAGCGAGUUUUGCAAUCGCCACUGGAGGUGGCUGCCGCUGCCCAAAAGAUGCGCAAUGGCGGCCACAGUAAGGCUAUUGGCGGUGGCAUCUAUGGACCCUUUACGCCCGACAAUGAUCUCAGCUGCUCCGGCCGUGGCGAUUGUGUGAAUAACACAUGUGUCUGCGAUAUCCGUUAUGCCGGCGACGAGUGCAACAUUUUCAAUUUUCCCUACUAUGCCGGAAUCUCCACCGUUUUCUAUGUGGUCGCCCUGGUCUCGGUGAUCCAGUUGCUUAUCUGCAUUGUGGCCGAAUAUCAGCGCCUUAAGCAGCCAUCCGUAUUGCGAGCCUGUCGCAUAACCACACAGAAAUUGCUUUACUUUAUGGUCUUUGUGGCGGCCUCUUUGCGUGGUGCCUACUUCACCACUCCGUUGGAAAUGCAACCGCAAUGGGCCGUAACGCUGAUGUCCGCCUACUAUCCAUUGCUCAUGACCUGCGCCUCUUUAAUUGUCUGCAUGUGGGCGGAGAUAUUUCACCUGCGAGACAUACGCUGGGAGAAGUCACAAUUCCUUUCGAAGAGUUUCCUUGGCUUUGUGGCCUUCAAUUUCUUUUUGUAUAGUCUUUUCGGAAUUGAAGUUUUCAACUCAUUGAUCAAUGCAGAACGUCGGGACUAUGCGCAUAUUUUCAAUGGCUGCUAUGCUGUUCUAUUGCUAAUUGUCGUUGUCUUCUUUCUCAUCUACGGAGUAGAAGUUUUCUUUAAACUUCGCGGAGGAUUCGUCUACGAUCAGACGGGCAAAAUUUUGGGACCCAGCGAGGCAAUUGUAAAUGCCUCGCAAUUGCAUCAGUCACGCUUUGGUUUGCUGAGUCAGGCCAUUAUGCUCAUUGUGAUUGUUGGCUUUCUUACCUCUGAGACUUUGGGCGACUUUUGGAAAACCAAGGUUCCCGUCAAUUCGCGCAAUUGGCAUGACAUUAUAUUUCGUAUUGCCGAAAUCGGUGUUGCAUUGUGGUUCCCGUGCUGCUUGUGGAAUUCUAUGGCUCCUGAACAACUAUGGAUAUUAAAUCCUCGCAAACUUCUGUCCCGCCAAAUUGAUCCAUCGAUACCAACAUUGAAUGCAGAGACAAACAAAUUGUCACCCGAAGAGGGUCAAUCGUUUUUGAAUAAAAAGGAUUGUUGGAUUUGCUAUGACAAUGAUAAGCCAGAACCAUUGAUUCAACCCUGUCGUUGCACUGGCGAUGUCAGUUCGGUCCAUCAUGAGUGCCUCAAACGUUGGCUAGUCGAAAGUUGCAGCAAUUCAGAGGCUCAACUCUCCUGCAAGGUGUGCGGGCAUCCCUAUGAGAUUGAGAAGACCAAAAAACUUGAGUGGGACAAAGGCUUCACCAUUCAACAUUGGUCAAAGACGGUAAUUUUGAUCACUUUGAUGUGUGUAACUGGAGCAGCCGCCUGGGUGGUCAUACAGAUGUAUGUGGAUCCAUUGGUUAGAGUAAUGACAGUUGGUGUUGCUGUUCUCAUUGGUUAUGUGUGCGUCAAAUGUUUGGGCGAAAACACUGUGGUGGCCUAUCAGCGGGCCAAAGUCAGUUCGAUCAAUAUUGUGACCAGUUCGGAGAUGGAGAAACUUCAUACCAUAUGCGAGGAUGUUAGCGCCAGCACUUCAGCCACUGUAGCAGCAGCUGGAGUUCACUCAUAAAGUCCCGCCGCCAUCAAUUAGAAGCCAUAAAGGAGAUAAACAUUACCA